CAAGUUUACAUUUUUCUCUAUCAUUUAUUAAUUUAAACAAAAGUAUUUCUUUCAAAAAGUUGUUACUAAAUUCUGAUAAUAUAUAUUCUUUUACAUUCCAUUAAAUAAAGUACUUAUCUGUGAAAUUUAAGGAAGGAAAAAUCAAUCAAAAUUUAUUCAGUUGAUUUGUCUAAAAAGUUGUCGUUACAUUUCCGAUGAAAACGCGCGCGGGCCGUACAGUCGAGGCAAUAAUUGGAAAACCAGCGGAAAAGGAAUUCAAUUUGAUACAAGUUCGAGGAUUGAAAAAAUCAACGAGGGAAGAAGGUGAAAACCCCAUAUACCAAAAUCGCAGUAGCAAGUUACGGUUCUUUCGAAUCAGGCAGAAGGGAGCAUUUUCAGCAUCCAGAUACCAAAAUCGCAGUAGCAAGUUACGGUUCUUUCGAAUCAAAAGCGAGAAUUUUCAGCAUCCAGGACUAUCAAAUUUUCAAAAUUAUGCCGCAUUUAUGGAUGCUUUUUCUUCAAAUAAUGCAAUGAAGAAUAUUACGGAUAUUAUGGAAAUGAAUAUUAAUUUGAAUAAUGACGAGAGACCGUUUAAGAGGAAGAAUCCUUACAAUAAAUUAUUGUCAUACGCCGAGGAUAUUGAUGACGAGGCACAAAAAAUAUUUACAAUUAUCAAGGCCAAUCUUGCCAGGAGUGUUAUGCUAAGGGAAAUAUAUCCAGGAUGUCUCGAAGCAACAAACAGUUUAUAUGUAUAUAUAAACAUGUAUGGAAAGGACUUCAGUAAAGAGGAUCAUAUUUUGUUGAUAAAAUUAUACUACGAAUUGGCAAUAAUUCCCGAUUUGGAACCAAAUGCUCUUCUAUCGUUUUUUCGAGCUUUAGAAUUAUUAUUAAAAAAAAUUGAAUUAAUACCUCAAGAUGAUUUGGAACUUGAUUGGCGACCUCUUUACGAGCAAUGGGAGAGAACUGUGGAAAAUAAAAUCUCACGAUACGGAAUGUAUCGUCAAAGUGUCAAAAUGAUGGUAGUGAUGGAAAAAGCGAUUCGUGUGUUGAAAAACUAUUUUCCGUUGAAUGCAACGAAAGAAAUUCUCGAUGAAUUAAGACCAAAAUUAUAUGUAUUCGACAGUAAAAUAAUAAAUACAACAUUAAAGAAAGCAAUGGUAUUUUUACCAGAAUUAUUACCGCGUAAUUCAAUUGAUCUUGGACAUGAAUUAUGGUUUACUGAAUUUAUGAAUUUUUGGGAAAAUUUUCACGACGCAAAUACAUGGGAAAUUGAUAUGAUGGAAUUAAUAUCGAGAAUUGGUGCAAAAAAUAUUGGCUAUAUCGAUUGGGAACCAUAUUUACCAUUAAUGUUCAAUCGAAUAUUGGAAAGUUUCAAUUUACCCGUUUAUUAUAAAAAGUAUGGUCACAGUUAUAAAUAUAAAUUGGGUACAAUAAGUAUGGCUCGUUGGAUUGUUUCGACACUUGGAAAUGGUUCCAAGGCACAAGGCUAUCUUGACAAAUUUCUAAAGACAGUGGAAACAUAUCUUCAUCCAACUAAUAAUGGAUCUUGGGCUUUGAAUUUAAUGAAAUUGGUUAAGGACAUAAGUCAGUGUUUCAUCGCUCGAUUACAUCAGGAGCGAUUUAGGAAAAAAUCGUGGAUUCCAGAAACGCCGGAAUCACAUAAAUUGACGGAUGGUGAAAUUGACGAUUUUGUAAAAAGUAUUCUGCCCUUGGCGUUAAAUUCAAUGUUCAGUAAAUGCAUAUUCGUUGGUGUGAGUGCUUGUUUUACAUUGAAAAAUUUAGCGACUAUUCGUCCAAAUUCGGUGAUUCCAAUUCUCCUGACGAAAUUCGACGAGACUUACGAUUCACUCACUGAACCCAAUCGAUUUACGAGUUUGAUUUUUGGACUAAACGCAGUGUCACGACAAAUGUGCCAAGGCUCGAGGAAUGUCAAUGCAGAUUACGCAUACGCCGAGGGACCAUUACAAAUACUGCCACUAUUAUCGGUCGUAUUGCCAGGAAUUGAUCGCAAUGAUACUUUCAAAUGUUUAAAAGUGAUGGAUUUCAUUGGUAAAAUUGCGACUCAUUGUCCAUUUAAAGACUCGUCGAAUACACAGGCAAAACUUAGUGAUGAGGAUCGACUUAUUGCCGAAGUCACAUCGAAAUUUGAGGAUUUUAUAUUACAACUACUUGACAGUAUUUUCACUCUAGUGGAAUCGGGUUCCGUCGAUUUUGUCAGACAGGAGAAUGACACAGCAGUAAUAAACGAAGAAUUAGCGAUUGAAUCGUCAAUAUGUGAUCUUUUAUUUUCAAUAUUCUGUCAAUCGAGUGACACACUCUUUGAAUUGGCAGUUCAUAAGGUUCGUGAUUUUGUGAUAAAUAAAACGCACGAUUCAAAAAGUGGAGGACGCCUCGUAUUUCAUUUAUGUCGAAUGUUUGUAAAAGCAAAUUCACAAAUUGCCUUACCAAUAUUAUUACCGACAUUUCUCGAGACAAUUCUCAAUUUAAUUGAUGAAAUUGACGAUAUCACAGAGGAAUAUCUCGAUAAUCGUCUAUUAACAAUGUUAAUGGUAUUGGGUGGAAUUGUCAAUACAUCAGGUAAUUAUUUAUUGCCUUACAUUGAUAAUUUAACACGAAUACUGGAUAAAUGUCUCUUGAUGAAAUCACGUGAUGGAUUAAAAUUCACAUGGUCAAUUAUGAGAAAUAUAUUUAAUUCAUUGACAAAUUUAACGAUGAAUCGUGUAUUGAGAAUUGAUCGUGAUUACACGAGUGAUGAAUGCGCUGAAAUUUUGGAUUGGGGUCAACCGAUAUCAAUGAAAAAUAUGCGUGCCGAAUGGUAUGUUCCUAGUGAGAAGGAAAUUCAAGUUGCUCAACAAUUAUUCAAUAAAUAUAUAAUGCCUGAAAUUAUGGUCAUUGAGGAAUUUAUCGAGAAUCCAAAAUCAGUUGAAAGACAGAUUUUACACAAUAAAUUACAAUCGAUUCACGAAAUAAUAAAAGGCUGUGAAAUAUUGCUGCCCGUUUGGAAUGAAGCGCCAUUAGUUUUGAUGAAAUCAGUGAAUGAAUUGUCUAAUUACAAUUCGAAAAUUGGUGUCAAUGGUGAGAUAACAAUGCCCGAUGGUGGUAAUGUGAGAUUAUUUUUUGUCAAGCUUCUCACACGUUUCCAGCAAGUAAUUUUAAAAUCAGCUGAAGAUGAUACGAAAACAAUCGGCACUCUCGUCUGGUUGUGGCAGUGCAUUCUCUUGGGUCCAAUUCGAGUGUACAGUCAAUACUUCAAAAAACUGUCGUCCCUCGAAGUGAAACGUAAACUUUCCAAUGAACGAUUAACCCGCAAAGAUUGGAAUAUCGACAUGGUUUGGGAGAGAACUGUUCUCCAACAGGAAUACAGGGUUAUUAUGCAAAACUCCACUUUCACUGAGACACACAAACAUGUUGUUGUUCAAUUAUUGGAAUUAUCGACAAGUAGAUAUGCGAAAAUUCGCAUUACGGCGCAAUCAGUUUUAGCUGAUAUUACAAACGUUCUGCCAUUAAAUUCAGGAAUUGAUAAAAUCCUCUUGUCCUAUAUUCUCGAUAUUUUGGCGAAGGAUACAACGGAAUGUCAUGACGCUUACAAGGGCGUUCUCUACAUUCUCUUGAAUAAAGAGCACAUAACACUGUUAAUGAAUCACGGCUGGGAAAUUCUGAGAAAAUUAUGGCCAGCAAUUAUUCUCACUAGGCCAUCGGAGAAAUUGUCUGUCAUCAAUUUAGAAGAUACUCUCUUCAAUUAUCUAAUGAAUGGUCUAUUGACGAAACAAAUUCAACUUGAAAUACCAAAAAGUUGUAGCGAUGCAGCAACGAAUUUGUGGGAUUUAUCAAAGAUUAAAAUUGAAAAUAGACCAACUAAGGAGGAAAUUGAGAAUGGACGGGAAAUAUUUGAGAGGAUUGGUAAAGAAAAAUUGGAGUCCUACAAUUCAUUGCAGGAGAAUUUAAUCGAGAUUAUAGUCGAGAAAAAUCUUCAUUGGCGACGACGAUUUGAAGCGAUGCAACUUAUCGUCGCCCUGGGUCAUCCACAGGGUAAAUUUUCCCCUCGUGUUGUAAAAUAUUUUCUACAAGCAAUGAUUCAUGAUAUUAUUUCCGAAAGGGAGGUUGCCAUCAAAGUGAUUGUGAAUAGUCUUCUUCAGCAACGUUUAGAAUACGUGAAGAUUGAUCUCGAUUUAUCCAAAGUAAUCGCAUCCGAUCAAAAAGUGACAUUUGGCGAAAGAGCAGACAACGCAUGGCUUCAAUAUAAUUCAAAGACCCACCAAAAAAAUGCUGAAGAAUGGAACAAAACACGUUUUGUCGAUUCAGUUCACAUUGGUUAUUAUGCGUGGCCAAAGAAAAUUGAAAUCACCGCACCUUCCAAUGAACAACCAACAUUGGACAUUAAUCAACGAAAACUAAAUCAAGUCGAACUGGAGAUUUACAAUUUUUUCAUCAAUCCCCAAAAUAUCGAAAAACUCAUUAGAUAUUUGAGUCUCGAGAAGAAGAAGGGAAAGGAACAUUUCACCAACAUCAAUUAUUAUUUAUUUAAGAAUUUGUUUAAAAAUUAUGGUGAUGUUUUCUUGGAUAAUUUUCUACCACAUUUAAAACGACUUGUCGCUGAUAAACAGGAAAGUUCACAACGUUGUGCAUCGGAAAUUAUUGCUGGCAUAAUACGUGGAUCAAAAUAUUGGCCCUAUGAAAUGGUGAUGAGAAUAGCCAAGGAAUUGACGCCUAUUGUUAGGAUUUCAAUGAAUAAUUUAACGAAUGAAUCGAUAAUAAUGUGGAGUAUUGCCUAUGCACAAGCACAACAUAAUAUUGAUCCAAAUAGAAAUUGUUGGCUUAUGGAAUGUCUUAUGGAUGAAUUAUCAUCGAUACAAACAGACACGUCAUUAGUGCAGGCUGGAAAAAUUAAUAUUGUGCAGUCAGUAAUUCGACAAGUCUAUUGGCGAUAUUCGGAGAUAUUUCAUCGUCUAUUAAAUUUCGCCGACGAUUGCAUCUUUCACAAUCCAUUCCAAAUGUUAAGAAAAUGUUUAGGACAAUUAUUGGCAACAAUUUAUGCCACUGAUUUACAAAUAGAAGACAUUCCGUCCCAAACUCGUCCACGAGCGCAAACAUUAAUCGACAAAUUAGCACCAAAAUUACAAAUGCUCGCCGAAAAUUCCAAUUUAAUUGAAGGGAAAAAAUCUCUCACAUCGGGUGUGGCGAACGUUCGUCUAGACGAGGAGACCGAAGAGGAUAAAGAGCGUACGGCUGCUAUUAAAAUAUUCAAAAUAAUCUGUGAUUGGAUGAGAAAUAAUGCAAUUUCAAAUCGACUCAAUAUGCAUCCGAGUUUCUAUGAAUUUUUUCUCACACUUUGUCAAUUGGAAAACUGUGAUACGGACGAUGAAUUGGCAUCAUUGUGCUCGGGAACAUUGUCGGCACUUGGUAGAAUUACAAUAAAAAUGAAUAACGUUCCGAAAAUGUUGAAAGAAAUAUUGAAAGCCUCACGUAAUACUUCCUGGUGGGUGAAAGCUUCGACACUCGAUUUUCUAGAAGUCUUUGUAUUUCAUAAUAUGAGUAUUUUAUUAAGUCAAAAUGAAUGGAUUUUAACAAUACAAGAAACUGUACUUCGACUACUCGAGGACGAGAGGCUCGAGGUUAGGGAAAAAUCGUCACAAGUCUUGGGUGGAUUACUUCAUUGCGCCUUUAUUCCAGAUCGAGAAACAUUACUGGAAGAAUUUAAAGUGAAAUCGAGAACGAGAAUACGAAAGAGAAUGAAUAAAAUUGCGCAGGGCGCAGCUGAGAGGGCAAAUACAGAAGAAAUAAAUGCUGUUGUUAAAAGGCACGCGGGAAUUUUGGGAUUGUGCGCUUUUAUUCAAGCUCAUCCCUACGAUAUUCCCAAUUACGUGCCCUCAAUUUUCGAACACCUGGGAUCUCAUCUUCACGAUCCUGAACCAAUUCCUGCCACAAUUAAGAAAACAAUGGGUAAUUUUAAACGAACACAUUAUGACGGUUGGAGUGAACACGCUCAACAAUUCACCGAAAAACAAUUGGAGGUACUUCAAGAUUUAAUAGUUCCGCCUCCACAUUACACGUAAUUAAAGUUAGUGUCUUUUUUUAUUAUUUUAAAUGACAUGACUAAUUGUAACUAUUUUUUUGAGUAUUAAGAGGAACAGAAAAA